GUCCGAUGGGGGGAAAAUCCAACGGUGAAUGUUAGUAUUGAAAUACGCAGUUCUCGUAGAAGAGUCUAGCUUAGAUUUGGGAACAAGAGCCGACCCCUUUCGACCGAGAAGCCGUCAUCUUCAUCAUAUUCGCCUGAGGCAUUCGAUAGCCGCGUUUGAAGAAGAUUUAGGAUUGCCAUGGGGAAGCAACCGGUUCGGAUGAAGGCUGUGAUCUACGCUUUAUCGCCGUUCCAGCAGAAGAUCAUGACCGGGUUAUGGAACGACUUGCCCGGCAAGAUUCACCAUAAGAUCUCCGAGAACUGGAUCAGUGCCGCCCUUCUAAUUACCCCCGUAGUCGGCACCUACACGUACGCACAGCAGUACAAGGAGAAUGAAAAGUUGUCUCACAGGUACUGAGCGGCCCUGGUCCCUGGGUACGCCAUCCAUCAUCUACCUUGAAGAACUUUUGAACUCACGGUUUUUUCGCAAAUGGAGCUCUGAUUUCUUAGACUAUGAGAAUGUGCUUUUAUUUUGAGGAACAUUUUCUUGCUUGUUUGCUGGAAUAAAUUACAACAAAUUUUUUGUCUUGUGAUUACUAUUAUAAAACGAUCAGUGUUACAUGCAUUGGAAUGGUGCGCUCCUCCUGCAGAGUGGAGACUUCUCAAAAUCACCCAAACUUUGGACUCCGAUUAUAUUCCAUGAUAUCAGAGUAUGACUAAAGCCA